GCAUCACUUGCAUACACGACGUCUCGAAUUCCUUUGACGUGAAGUUGACGUUUGGCCUAGUACCGGGCCGCGAAUUUGAAAAGGAGCCUGCAAUAUGCAAUGGACAAACGGGGGGCACUGCCGCCGACCAAGCGACCCGUUGCGAAGCGGAAACCGCUCCCUCUCCUUCUUCGGAGUAUACGGGCGGAGUCGGAAGCGUGCACGAGUGAGCGUCGCUCGGUCCGUCUGCUCUGAGGUUCCGUCGCCUCGACUUGCUUGUGUCCUUCAGUCCUUACCCGGCCUCUUUCUCAGCGACCGCAGUGCGCGAGACGCCAAGGAAUCGAGCGGCUCGUCGUGGUCCACGAAGCGGAGAACGCAGCGGAAAGCAUCGGCGGCGUCGCGCUCGUUUCUCCCAGUCGGAACGCAAAUUCGCUUCUCAGCCGGGCCGGGUCUCCUCCGGCCUCCAUCGCGCCACCGGCGUCGCCUGACUGGAAAUGGAAGGUGGCAGUUUAGACGACAGCAUGUCGGGCGCCAGCGCUUUGGAUGUGAACGAGCGCCUUUGCACGCUGGAGCUUCGUUUGCAGCAGCAAGAAGACGAAGUGACGGUGAUGAAAGCGGCAUUGGCUGAUGUUCUUCGCCGUUUGGCGGCUUCGGAAGAUGCCAAGAAACAGCUGGGAGGAAAAGGUGCAGCAUUGUCCAACUCAUGCAUUACAAACGGAGGAACAUCCGGACGGAAGAGCGACUCUGCCUCGGCCACCAGGAAGGAAACCGUGUCAUCCGCCGCCAAGAGCGUAGCAGCUGAUCCCAGAAAGGAAACGUCGGGCGUCGGGCAAAGAGGUCCGAGGGAGGAGGUCCAUGAACGGGAGGAAGCCCCCUCCCCCACGCCCCCUCACCAUCAGCAAAGUCCACAGAGAAGCCAGCUGGACAGCAGUAAAAACCAGGCGCCCCCCAAGAGGGGUCAGAGGCGCUCUGCAGGCGUGGAGCGAUCUCAGAGUAGCACCUGGGUCACGUCUGACGACCACCGAAGCAAGUUGGUGAAAGCAGUGUCCACCUCCAAACUACUCGCCAAAGUGGCAAAGAAUGCUAACAGGCACAAAGAGCUGGUGGUGAGUCAAGCAGCCAAAAUGUCAACCCGGGAGAAAAACAGCCAAGCGGAGGGAAACCACAUCAAGAUGUUCAUGCGUGGACGCCCCAUCACCAUGUUUCUUCCCUCAAACGUGGAAAACUACGACGACAUCCACACGGAACUUCCUUCUGAGAAGCUCAAGCUGGAAUGGGUCUACGGUUACCGAGGACGAGACUGCAGAGCCAAUGUGUGCCUGCUUCCCACCGGGGAGAUGGUGUACUUCAUUGCCUCGGUGGUGGUCUUGUUCAACUACGAUGAGCGAAGCCAGAGGCACUACCUGGGACACACGGACUGCGUCAAGUGUCUCACCGUUCAUCCGGACAAGAUUCGCAUCGCCACGGGCCAAAUUUCCGGUGUGGACAAAGAUGGACGGGCCGUGCAGCCGCACGUCCGCAUUUGGGACAGCGUCAGUCUGUCCACGCUGCAAGUCGUCGGUUUGGGAACAUUUGAGCGAGGCGUCGGCUCCUUGGUCUUCUCCAAAGCCGACUCUGGUCAGCAUCUGAGUGUGGUUGACGAUUGCAACGACCACAUGUUGACCGUUUGGGACUGGCAGAAGAAGUCCAAGGUGGCCGAGAUAAAGACUACCACCGACGUGGUUUUGGUUGUGGAUUUCCACCCAUCGGACCCAAACACCAUCAUCACCUGUGGAAAGUCUCAUAUUUUCUUCUGGGCCUGGACCGGCACCUCGCUGGCUCGGAAACAGGGCAUCUUUGGGAAAUACGAGAAGCCAAAGUUUAUCCAGUGUCUUGCCUUCCUGAACAAUGGAGACAUUCUGACAGGAGACUCUAGAGGCGUCCUUCUCGUGUGGAACAGGAGUGCCGCCGAGGCUUCUGUGAAAGGACCGCGAGCCUUUCAGAUCAGCCGUCAGGUGAAAGGUCACGAGGGCAGCGUGUUCUGCCUGUGCCAGAUGACGAGCGGUGCCCUGCUGAGCGGAGGAGGAAAAGACCGCAAGAUCAUCCUGUGGGACCACCAAGUCCAAGCCCAGCGCGACAUUGAGGUCCCAGACCAAUACGGAAGUAUCCGGGCUGUGUCUGAAGGCAAGGGGGGCGAGUUUCUGGUGGGAACGUCGCGCAACUUUAUACUCCGAGGAACCUUCCACGAUGGCUUUACGAUGGAAGUGCAGGGUCACACGGACGAGCUGUGGGGCUUGGCGUCGCACCCGUCCAAAGAUUUAUUCCUGACGUGCGCCCAGGACCGUCUGGUGUGUCUGUGGAAUUCCACCGACCACAAGCUGCAGUGGAGUCGCAGCGUGGAGGAACAUGGCCACUGUGCAGACUUUCAUCCCAGCGGCGGAGUGGUCGCCAUAGGAACACAUUCAGGAAAGUGGUUCGUGCUGGACGCUGAGACCACCGACCUGGUCGCCAUCCACACGGACGGCAACGAACAGCUGUCCGUCAUGCGCUUCUCUGUAGAUGGUGCUCUGCUGGCAGUGGGAUCUCACGACAACUUCAUUUACAUCUACAGCGUGGCCGAGCAAGGAAGAAAGUACAGCCGAUACGGAAAGUGCUCCGGUCACUCCAGUUACAUCACGCAUUUGGAUUGGUCACCUGACAACAACUUCAUCAUGUCCAACUCCGGAGACUAUGAGAUUCUCUACUGGGAGGUGCCAAAUGGCUGCAAAUACAUUCGAAAUCGCUCCGAGUGCAAAGACAUCGACUGGGCCACAUACACCUGUGUGCUGGGUUACCAUGUCUUUGGCGUAUGGCCGGAGGGCUCGGACGGGACGGACAUCAACGCUGUGAUCCGCUCGCAUAACAGGAAGGUGCUGGCGGUGGCAGACGACUUCUGCAAAGUUCAUCUCUUCACAUACCCUUGUGCCACGCCCAAGGCUCCCAGUCACAAGUACAGCGCUCACAGCAGUCACGUGACCAACGUUAGCUUCCUAUUCGAUGACAGUUACCUGAUCUCCACGGGUGGCAAGGACACCAGCAUCCUGCAGUGGCGAUUGGUCGACAAGAGCAACCCGGCGGUGGGCGAUGCCCUCUACCGCUCAGCCGCUGACGGGCCGAGAGGAUCGUUUCCGCCAAGCCCCCUUCCCUCUUCGGACUUAACCCCGCCUCCUUCAACGUCCGUUCCGCCACCUUCCCCAAGUCCCAAAGACACUUUGGCGUUUGGCAAUGAUGCGGCUGCGUUCAGCGAUGACGCAGCCACGCCCGGCGACGGGGACCCGCCGCCCCUCGCGCCUCCCUCGUAGGCUGCCAGGAUGCCAAGGACGGCAAACAUUAGACGUUCCUUUGUCAUUUCAAAAAUUGAGAACAAGUCAUCAAGCUUGACCCGCCAAUCAAACGUGGCCGACUCGAGCGCCACACCAGUCAACUGUGCCUGCAUCACAUUUUUUGUGGUUCCGGGUUCAAAAAGUUCUCCAGCAGCCUUCCUGUGCAGUGUUUGCAUGUAGUUAGCUUGUUAGCCUUCUUGUACUCAAGUGGCCUUUCCCGCCCACAUUCCAAAAACCUUUCAGCCUGUCAGGCCUAAGACACGAAAAGAUUCUUCCUUCAAAGAUUGAGACGGAGCCCUCGCGUCCAGAUAGGAAAUCAGCCGUUUAGCGCGUGAGGCGAUGCAGUGUGUUGCGUGAACUGAGCACGUCACCACGAACACCGCACACAUUUGGAUUCUGUUUCCCCAGCCGUCUGUAUUGAUGUGGUCUCACAAAAACCAAGAAGCUCACAUAUGUGCCAAUGUUAGCCGAGUGUGUCCGAAAGGAGCGCAUGCGUGUGCUGGAGCGUUCCAUGAUGGCAAAGUCGUCGAGAAGAGACUUGCUGUGAAAAACACUUACUGGUGUCCAGGGAACUCGCUUUUAGACAAAAAAAAA